AUGAAGGAACCCUGCAUGGCUCCUGGGGUUGAGAGUGGUAAGCAUGUGAUUAGGGAAAAAAAUUUCACCAGGAAAUUCGUGCAUGGUGAGCCGAGCACCCUUUUGGAGCACACUCAGGCGAUGCAUGCAGAGGUGAAGUCUUUCCUGGAGACUGACUUAGCCUCCUACAUCCAUCUUGGUGAUCUUGACAUAGAGGGUCUCCGUCAGCUGUGCAACGAUUUAGACGUCGAAGGGAAACAUAUUGAGGCUAACACUUCUGAGGCUCUACCUUCUCACACUCCUCACGGUAUGCGACUUUUAUCAUCUUCUCAGUUGUUUAUUGUUUGA